CUGGAACAUGCUGUAGCUGAGAGAGGAGGGACUGAGGGAAAGAGUGUGAGAGACUGAGAGGGAAAGUUACAGAGACACACUCUCGCAAACACGCACAGAGCACGCCGGCAGCAAACAUGGGCCAGUUUUUCAGCUGGUUUCGGGGCUCACAGGAAACUCCAGCCCUGCAGGACAUCGCAGUGGAGCAACAGGUCAAUCUUACUGGAUAUAAACACUCUCAGAUUUCAUCUCAGGCCAAACAGCCCACACCCACCCCAGCAGCGCCGGUCUCCACUGUGAAACCUGCAGAAUAUGAGAUGGGGUCUGCGUCAGCAUCCGCUGCAGGUUCUGCUGCAAAGCCUGGCACUACCGCUCCCUCUGCAGCCUCUACUGCUGCAAGUACUGCCCCAACAUCUACUGCAGCCACAGUCAGUGCAGGGGUUUCUACAGGAGCUAAAGUUAGUGGGGGAGUCUCAACAGGGGCUUCUGUCAGUGGAGCAACCCCUACAGGAGCAGCCAGCAAUCUAAGCACCCAAGUCGGAGCUUCUAAAGUCUCACCCCAGACUACGCCCAUCUCUUCUGCUAAAGUUCCACCUGUGAGUGCAGGGAGUGGAGCAGCAAGUGGAACAGGAGGAGCAGGAGCAACGGGUGUAGGAGCUGGGGCCGGGAAGCCCACUAUAGAUCCGGUUAAGCCCAAAGAUAUUUCAAAAGACAAAGUCCAGAAUACCAUCAUUUCAUCAUCUAAACUGGAGCCUUCUAAGGUGACAUCCACAGGAGUGGGAAGUACCGUCAAAAAGGAUGAUGCUAAGUCAAAAGAAUCCAAGGUGCGGGUGGAAGUGCCUCCUCCAGCAACCAAGAACAGUGCACCAGCAACUGCUGUAGAUCCAUUUGAUGCCUUGGCUGGCAGUUUGCCAUCAUCAGAGCCUUUGGCUCCUAAAGGUCCUCGGUAUACUGGACCAGAGAUCAAAGAGCCUAGCCUAACCUCAGAAGAGGCUAAACGCUGUGGGGAGAAAGAGCACACACUGCCACCUGGAUAUAGAAAGGAAGACAUGGAAAAGAAGAUGCCUGCAGGAAAACCGGAUAAGCCCAAGGAAGUUUCCAAGCCGUUAACAGAGGAUGAUGCCCUGGACUCUCUGUCUGCUGGUUUUGUAUCAUCUGCAGUCCCAAGUGCGCCAAAGACACAAGCGACUCCACCCAUCUCUUCUGCUAAAGCUCCCACUGUGAGCGCAGGCAGUGGAGCAAUGAGUGGAAAAGGAGCAACAGGCGGAGGAGCUGGGGCAGGGAAGCCCACUACAGACCCAGUUAAGCCCAAAGAUACUUUGAAAGACAAACCUCAGAGCACUGUGAUUUCAUCCCCCAUACUGCAACCACCGAAGGUGACAUCCACAGGAGUGGCUAAGCCCUCUGCCACUGCUAACGUCUCUGGAAGCACUGCCCAAAAAGAUGAUAUUAAAUCCAAAGAAGCCAAGGUGCAUGCAGAAGCGGCUCCUCCAGCAGCCAAAGCCGGUGUUCCGGCACCUGCAGUAGAUCCUGUGGCCCCUAAAGCUCUUCAGUAUUCUGGACCAGAAGUCGAAGAGCCUGGCCUAACCUCAGAAGUGGCUUUUCGCUGUGGGGAGAACAAGCACACACUGCCUCCAGGGUACAGAUGGGAAGACAUGGAAAAGAAGGUUCCUGCUGGAGUAUCAGAUAAGCCCAAGGAAGUUUCCAAGCCCUUAACAGUGGAUGAAGCUGUCGACUCUCUCUCUGCUGGAUUUGUAUCAUCUGCAGUUCCAAGUGCACCAAAGCCAGAAACGAAGGCUGAAAGUGUGACUGCUGCCCAGUCAAAGACUGCUCCUCCUCCUCCUGCUCAGAAACGGCAAGAUGUGACUGUACCUACAAAUGUAUCCCCUGCUCCCCCUGCUGACAAGAAAGCAAGGGUAGAGAAGUCUGCUAAUGACUCUGUGAAAGCAGCGCCUUCUUCUUCACCUGCUGGAAAACCAAAAACUGAUGAGGGAGACCCCAUGUCUUUGGAUGCUCUGAGUGCUCUGGAAGACACACUGCCUGCUGCAAAACCAGCACCAGAAUCCCCUAAACUCAGACCUGAGGACAUUGUUGAUGAGAAGAAGGCCAAGGCAGAGAAAGGUGUGCGUGUAGGUGAGAGAGAGGAUACUCGUCCACCUGCUUACAGAUUCUCAGAGGAGAAGCACAAAGAGCGACCUGCUCCACCAAAGGAGCCCUCCAUGGACCCAGCUGAAGCUCUGGAUAUUCUUUCUGGAGAUUUCACCAGCCCCUCUGUAGCCCCUGCAGUCCAGGCCCCUGUUCCUCCCUCUGCCCCUGCUAAACAGCAACCUAAAGUAGAGGAAUUGUCAGCUCUUGAACAACUAGCAGGUGAUUUUGUGGCUCCUGCACAAGCCAAAAAGGUCGCUUCUGUUGCUCCCCCUCCAGCUGCUAAAAGCACCGUGGGACCCACAUCUGACGAGGGUGACCCAAUGUCUCUGGAUGCUCUCAGCGCACUUGGUGACACACUGCCUACUGCAAAACCAGUUCCAAAAUCUCCUGAACUCAGACCAGAGGACAUUGUUGAUGAAAAGAAAUUGUCAUCAGAGAAGGGAAUGCGUGUGGGUGAGAGAGAUGACACACUGCCACCAGACUACAGAUUCUUUGAGGAGGCAUCCAAGAAGUACCCUGCACCCCCAAAGGAGCCUUCCUUGGACACAGCUGAAGCUUUGGAUAUUCUGUCAGGAGAUUUCACCAGCCCUUCAGUCGCUCCUGCAGUCCAGGCUCCUGUUCCUCCCUCAGCUCCCCCUGCAGAUAGCUCAGCGGAUUUUGCCCUAGAGGAGCUUGCAGGUGACUUUGUUGCACCUACAGCUGCAUCUAAGGUCCAUUCUGCUGUUACAGCCCCCAGAAAAGCUGACAGACAAUUGUCAGAAGAUACUACUUCAGCUAUGGACGCUCUCUCAGACACACUGAAGGACAUUGGCCCAGCGCCACAGCCAGUGCCAGUCGCUCCCAAAGACAUUGUUAAGGAGAAGGAGGCUGUAGAAGAGAAGAUCACUAAGGCCGGAGAGAGAGACGACACCCUUCCACCUGACUAUCGGCCCACAGAGGCAGACAUCAAGGCGGCUGCAGAAGCUAAGGCCAAAGCUAAGGCAAAUGUCCCACCCAAACAGACAUCUAUGGAUGAGUCAACAGCGCUUGAUGCGCUAUCCAGUGACUUCUCUGCUCCUCCAGUAGCAGCACCUUCUUCACAUCCACACACCCCUCCAGCAAAGACCCCACCCAUCCACUCUGCACCAGCGGCAUCAGGACCAGCAUUGGACAAACUGGCAACCACACUGCUCCCAGACCUGCCUGAGACAAAACCAAAAGACAGCAAACCAAAGGUUAAGGGUGGAAAGUCAAAGUCUAAACCAAAGAAACCUGCAGUAGAUGAUGCGCCAACUUCAGGUCAUCUCUCUGGUCAGCCGAGCACAGACGUGGUGUCCACUUCCUCCACAAAGAAAGGCGGAAAGAGCUAGAUCUCAUGUUGCUGCAACACUACAUCUCCCUGCCACACAUAGAAAUGCCAAUCAAAGGAGCUGCUCGUACUAAUGUGUAUAAUCUGUUAUGGUAGAAAGGUGUACAGAAUUUAGCUGCACAGUUUUACACAAACAGACACUUUAAACACCAACAUGCAUCAGCCCAUAUUUAUCAGUCUUCCCAAAGUAAGAAAUCUGAUCUGGGAUCAGCUUCGCCAAACAAAUACUGAUCCCAAAUCAGCAAAGCAGACUCUGUGAAGUUUGAGAAGUAUGUGUUUUGAGUAAUUCCUUGCUUGGUUUAACCCAUGAUAGAAUGUUGCUUUGUUUUUUUUCUUGUUUUUGAUUUCUGUUUGGAGUAUACAGGUAAAAGUGAAAAGGGGCAAAUAUCUUUAUUACUGACAGAGUAUCUGUUCAACCCCAUGUUUGCAGUGAUGGAAGGACACUGAAGUGCUCCCUUCAUCACUGUAUUAGGUAAUCAUCACUUCAAGAAGUGCCAUCCGGAUUAAACCUAGUAUACUGCAUGAAUUCAUUUUGUAUCAGGGGUAUUUCUGCAGACUUGUACACAAAAAAGUUUUAUAUAGCUGUUUGAUAAGCCAUGCACCUGGAGACACUAGUGUACAGCACUUCCGUUUUAGUUUACAUCCUCUAGUUUACAGUAGAGAACUGUAUUAAAGGUGUUUGAGUAAAUGGUAUUUUGGAUUGUGAUGCUGAUGAUUGAAUGCUGUUGAAUGUAGUUCUUUGUGGCUACAUGAUGUCUGAAUAUAUUUGUGCAGAAGGGCUUUCCUGUGUAUCUUGUUUCAAAGGGUCUGUCUUGGUUUUCUGAAGUGCACUUGCAAGAUAUAGUGCCUCUCACUGUUGCUUGCAGAUGGGCUGUGGUAGCACCAGGUCUUAUAUCUUAGCACUGAAAAAAGCAGGAGGAGUGAAAGAGAUUACUGGCAAGCCUUACAAUCAGACUUCCUUUCAGCACCAGUGAAGCUGUCAUGUGGUUAGAAAGUAUGAAUCGUGUAAUACCACCUGACCUUGGCCUGUAGCAACACCAUGCUCGUGAUGUUCUCAGCUUGAGUAGGAUGUGGCAUACCAAUUAUGAGUCUUUGUUUCAUUUUCAUUUGAACCGACACUCAUUUAAACAUCUGCACUACAGCUAGGACCAACAGACCAUUACUGCGUAUGUUGUAUUUUCUAAACAUGAAAUGCACCUUUUAGUCCCAGAAGUCUUCCCAAAACAUGCCAUGUCGUUUUAUCCCCUGCUGUAGGUCUUGUUUUGCCAAAGUGAUCAAGAUAGACUUAGUCUUCCUCUCAUGGUGAUAUCGUCUAUACAAUAUUGUGCCUUUCUUUUGAAGUGCAAUGCUCUUAUUCUAACCCAGGGACAGCGUUAUGGAGGAGGGAUUUUCUUCUGAUUAAAUAAAAAAAGACAGUGGACAUGUUUGA